AGUAGCAUUUAAAAAAAAAAAAAAAAGGGUCUCUUUUCACUGCUCUUGACGAUCGCCGCGAUGGAACCUUCCCGGCUUCCAGAUCCCACUGCUUGCCAGUUCCGCCGAUUCCACCCCCACCACCACCACCACCACCAUCCGCUCCCUCAUCACCACCAUUACUAUCACGUGUUGCCUCAAUGCCCAUUGCACAGCUACAUACUUGGCUUCAAUAAUUAUCAUUCGCCCACAUGCCGUGCUUCCGCUCGUUCCCAUCCCCCAUCUCAAAACCACCCACAAACCGCCCUUUCUUUUUAUCCACCCCAAACCACUCUCAAUUUUCAGAUUUCCGGCUCCAAACCAUCCGAAUUUAGUACCCAAGGCGUGGCGCACAAGGAGGAUGAGGAACUGGAAGAAGAGGAACAUCAGCAGCUGUACGAGGAGGAGGAAGAUGAGGAACAAGACCCAGUGUUUGUUCUGACUGAUGAAUGGAGGGAAUUCUUUGCAAAGUCUGAAGCUAAGAGAAGACUAGCCAAGAAGCAAUCUAGAAAAGAGGGGAAGAAUCGGAUGGAACAAUGAUCAGCAACCAAGAAAUCAUCAGUAGGAGAGCGCUCAAUUUCCGGAGUUGCUAGGUGAUUUUAAGGUCAGGAGUUGGUCGAUGCGUGAUCAAGAUUUCCCCUUUACUUGCUUGUAGCACCACAUUCAUCUUGUUUGUAGAGUAAAAAGUGUUUUGAGUUGUUGACUUGAGGUCCCUCUGUUUUUGAAACAGUUAUUUUGUCCUUCGUUUCCGAGGCUUGGGCAGGGGCGGGGGACUUUUGUAUGAUCAAACAAUAAUGCACCAGUUCAUUUGUUUUGGAACAAUGAUGAAUUCUUCAAUAAAA